CUAGCCUGUUAGCAGAAAGUGACUGGUACUUUAUCUUGCUUGGUUUUUGUUUUCUUCCCAAAUCUGGCAGUUUCUGCUCUUUAUAGAACAUUAUUUAUCAUUUAAGCAGCCAAAACUGAUUUCCCAAUUUUAUGUAAGAUUUAAUUUGAACAACCUGACAUGUUUGGUUGCUAACCUUUGUAGCCUCAAGCAGUGCAGCUAACGUUGUUUGUUUUCAUGUCAAAGUCAACGCUGCAUGGAUCUAUCAUUAUAAUAAUUUAACUUGAAGGUUCGCUCAGGUUUUAAGGAGUGCUGGUUGGAGUCUAGCGGCGAACAUGUCCAGUCAGCUGACUGUGGAGCAGCAGCGAAAGAUUGAGGAGAACCGACGGAAAGCUUUGGAGCGGAGAGCCCAAAGACUUGGACAAACUACUGGCACCAGCAAGCAACCCUCAGCGGGGUUCAGUGGAUCUACAGUCCAAGCACAGCCUCCCAGACAGGGUGUUUCACUGGGUCCUGAUGCUCACAUAACCUCCAACUUUGCAUCUAAGCGCUGUGGUCCACCAACAUUUAAGAAGGACUUUCAGAGCUUCAGCAACCAAACCCUGCAACCUCAGCAGCCUACUGGGGCAGGCAGUCAAUUCAACCAAAAUACACUGAAAAACUCCUCCAAACAGUCACUGGCUCAUCUUCAGACAGAUCAACACCUGAAUGGUCCUGUCUUGUUUGGCGGUGGUCAGCCCAAAUCUAUCGUCACCUCCAGCAGAUCUGGAAGUCUAGUUAGCUCCUUUUACAAGGAAGCCAGCAAACCUGCACAAGUUUCUGCAGUGCAGCUGCCUUCGCCCUGCACCUCUUUGACUGCUGUACCUGCAAAAAAGCCUGCCAUCUCUGUCAGGGGAAAGUGUGUGCCUCAUACAGAGAACCGUUUCAGAGUGGAAGUAAGCUACCAUGUCGAGCUUAUUUCUGUUUUCAAGUCCAUCGCUUCAAGGAACUAUGACCCAACAACAAAAACAUGGAACUUCAGUCUGGAUGACUAUGGACAGCUAAUGGAUCAGGCAGCUGCCAUUCCUUCUGUGUCUUUGAGGCCUCUGGAGGGAGCGGAAGCGUUGGAUGUUACAGCUUCCAGCCGACCUUGUGACGGUGCAGCCCUGUCGGCACUGCUGAGACUUUGUAACGGAUGGCAGAAACCUGGGGCCACUGUGCGGGGGCAGUGCAUCCUGGUGUCUCGAACAAAGUUUGAGGUUGACAUCCUUUACCAUGCUGAGGUCAUAGCGGUGUUUAAGCAAAUGCCCACCAAAAACUAUGAUGUGGCCACCAGAAAGUGGAGCUUUGCACUUGAGGAUUACAAAAAUCUAAUGGAUCGGCUCCGUGGGAUAGCAGCAGUGGAGGUGGAGCCUCUUCCCAGAGCAGUAAUCCAGGCUUUCUCUGCCAGCUUUGAUGGGACUGGAGCCAGGUCUUUAGCUGUCUCUGAGGCAGACCUUUCUAACAUCGACCCCUCGCUCACCUCCAGCCUGAUGCCCUUCCAGAGGGAGGGAGUCAACUUUGCGGUGUCUAAACAAGGCCGCCUCCUCCUGGCUGAUGACAUGGGCCUGGGGAAGACGGUACAGGCCAUCUGCAUCGCAGCUUAUUACAGGAACGAGUGGCCUUUAUUGGUGGUGACUCCAUCGUCUGUACGAUUCACAUGGGCUGAGGCCUUCAGACGCUGGCUUCCCUCUCUGAGUCCCAACAGCAUCAAUGUGGUGGUAAAGGCCAAAGAUGAUAUGCGAUCUGGUUUGGUCAACAUCAUCAGCUAUGACCUGCUGAGUAGGGUUGGGAAGCAGCCCCAUCAAAACUCCUUCAGUGUCCUCAUUAUGGAUGAGUCUCACUUUCUAAAGAACAUAAAGACUGCUCGCUGUAAAGCUGCCUUACCUCUGCUAAAGGCAGCAAAGAGGGUGAUACUCCUGUCUGGGACCCCUGCGAUGUCCAGACCCUGUGAGCUCUACACCCAGAUCCUGGCUGUCAGACCUUCACUCUUCCCUCGCUUCCAUGAGUUUGGCUUGCGCUACUGUGACGCCAGAGAGAAAAACUGGGGCUGGGACUACUCGGGCUCGUCUAACCUUGGAGAGUUAAAGCUGUUGUUGGAGGAGUGCCUGAUGCUGCGCCGCCUUAAAUCUGAUGUCCUCUCUCAGCUUCCUGCUAAACAGCGUAAGGUGGUCACAGUGACCACAGACGGGAUCAAUACUCGCACAAAAGCUGCUCUGUCAGCUGCAGCCAAGGAGUUGGCCAAGAAUCAUCACAGCAAAAUGGAGGAGAAGGAAGCGCUCCUUGUCUUUUAUAACCACACAGCUGAAGCUAAGCUACAAGCCAUCAUGGAGUAUAUAACAGACAUGCUGGAGUCUGGGAGGGAGAAGUUCCUCGUGUUUGCCCAUCAUAAAUUAGUCCUCGAUCAUAUCGCCACCGAACUGGUUACAAAGGGUGUCGACUUCAUCCGGAUUGAUGGGACGACCCCGUCGAUGGAGCGACAGCAGUUGGUUGAAAAGUUUCAGUUCUCAUCCAACGCUUGCGUGGCUUUGCUGUCCAUAACUGCUGCGAACAUGGGUGUCACUCUGCACGCUGCAGACCUGGUGAUCUUUGCUGAGCUCUUCUGGAACCCAGGGGUUCUCAUUCAGGCAGAGGACAGGGUACAUCGAAUCGGCCAAACUAGCAACGUGAACAUUCACUACCUGGUUGCCAAGGGAACUGCUGAUGAUCACCUUUGGCCAAUGAUCCAGGCAAAAAUGAAUGUCCUGGAAAAAGUGGGUUUAUCCGAGUCAAACCUCUCAGAUAACGCAGUGAACGCUAGCUUCCACUCAAAGGACUCUAAUCAGAGGAGCAUUAUGGAGAUGUUCCAGAGAUCUUUUUCUGCAGAUGACGACCUGGACGAGGCCAUCCUGAUGGAGGCUGCCAACGACUGGGAGGAAGACGCUCCAGCCUGAGAACAGGCCGAUUGAAUUUCCCAUCAGGAACAGUCAUUCAAAACCAGAACAAAAACAGCUUUAAAUACUAUUU